CAGACCGGCCCUGCCCUUUGUACACACCUCCGGCAGGUAAAUAAGCCUUAAAGCGGAAGUGCUCUACUGGAGGAAGACGCUGUGGCUGUGCCAGGACUCCGCUGUGAGUUCAGCCGUUCGUGGGUUAUAAUAUUAAGAAAACAUUUUGAAUUGAUGCCUGUUCCAAGACAUUGGAGAUAUUCAAUGAUAUUCGGAAGUAUGGUGUAAAUGGCCUUCAAGACCCGGAGUGAACUGUAAACCAAAAAUGGCGGUAAACCUUAAACCGGACUCUUCAGAGGGCAAACACAUCGAUCCUGUAGGCUUUCUUGCUUCACGGAAGACUCCAGAAGACAAAAAAAAGGUAAGAAGUGUCGACUUCUAUGAACUGGAUGUUGUAAAAAAUGACUUAGAGGAGCCCAAGGCCACCAGCAAUGUGAGGUGUGAAGUUACAGAAGAUGAGGACAGAGAAGAUCUAGAAGACAAGAAGGACAUGGACAGUGCGCAGAACAAUCAACCUCAAGAAAACAAAGAGUCUUCCAACUACUUUGACCAGACUCAACCAUCAUCACCGAAACUCUGUAGGAUACAGAGUAGCCCGACAUGUCCGUGCAAGGAAUGUGUAGAAAAUUACUUGAAUCUGAGAGAUACCACUGAAGAACCACUGGUUGAUGAAGAGAAGAAAGAUGAGACCACACCAGGUGUUGACCGUACUUCAGUAAGAAGCAGAAGGCUUUCAGAUACCUCCAGACACACAGACUCCUCUGGAGAUGAUUUUUUGGGCACCAGGUGUGAAGAUGCCCAGGUGACACUACCGUACCCUGAUAAGAUCGGACCACCUGAGUGUAUUGCAAGGCUGAGCAAUGCAGGUUUAUACGACCCAAAUGAAGAGCGCCCAGGGAAGACUGGAGACGAGGAUAAGAUUUCACAGGUGGUUAUUAAUACAGCAUUUUUUGUUGAACACCCUGCUCUGGAGGAACAGAAGAACGUCCGGAUGGUUGAGUAUGAUAAGGUGGACGUGGAAAAAGGAGAUCCUGAGAGUGAGCCCCUAAUGCGCCUCACCCGGAGAUCAGUGGAGAAAGAUCCCGUAGAUCCAGGCGUUUGUCAGUGCCACACAGCCUGCCUGAAACUUGUUGGCUCGUUUGUCCUCUCCAUGAUUAUUUUCCCAGCCUUCCUUUUGGCGGCGUACGCAUGGCUGCCAUUUGAUGCCCCACUCAUCCCGGAUGUGCCGACCAGACUGGUGUACACUCUGCGAUGUUCGGCCUUUGCCUCAUUCCCCAUCGUACUGGGCGUUAUAAUCCACGGGAUCUCGCGUCUCUGUGCCUCUUCCUACGAUCCAUUCAAACCUCGGGAGCGAGAGGUGACCAUCCACAGACGCUUCGUGAAGCAGAGCACCUUCCUCUUCGUCUUGUUCUUCUUCAACCUCUCAGUGCUGGCCACUUACCUGCCCCAGAAACAUCUGAAGUUUAUCCCACUCCUCACCUGUCUCUUCUCCUUGUCCCAGCUGAUUUACUGGCUAUCCUUUGCCGUUGGACGAUCGUUCCGAGGUUUCGGUUACGGCCUGACCUUCCUGCCUUUGCUCAGCAUGCUGAUAUGCAAUCUCUACUACAUGUUUGUCAUCGAGCCGGAGAAAAUGGUCUUUCUAGGAAGCAGGGUUGUACCCCAGCACUGAUCACAGACCCCUAGUCAGGAUGCUGUAUGUAACGUUAGUAUGGCUUCCUCACCUCCUGAGCCAACGGUAGGUUAGCGUAGUGAGCGAUACAUGGCAUUACAAGCAACGACCGAUCCUUGGAUGAAGCCACUUCUCUACUUUUGCAGAUAUCAUGAUAAUGACCCCCAAUGUCUAUAAUUGUCUCUUUUUGUGACACGGUGGUCUCCUCCCAUCGCCAUAACGUGCAGGGAAGCGACUACCAGUCUAACUGACCACUAUCAGGGCUUGCUGUGCAUGUACGGUGGGCUAUCCUUGAUAGGAACAGUAUACACUCUUCUGUUACGAGCAAAAUGGUGCCCCCUGGUGGGCAAAUGACUGUGGAAGAAAAUCAUUUUGGAAGUACUGAGCACAGUGUGGUGGAACGUCUGACAGAAGCCGCGCCGCGAUGCGUCAUGAACUGGCGGAUCCUGUAAUCUCCUCGUGUCCCAUCAUGUCUGCUCAUUAGUAUGCGUGACUUGCAGGCUUUGGGAUUUUGGGAAGGGUAUCAUUACGCUAAAGAACAUUGCAGGUUGCGACAACGGUUAACCCUUUGACAGCCCUAUGAACGAAAUGUUCUCUCUGCCAGUCUAUGCAGUGGCUUCCCUAAUGCCGGGGCUCCUCUGACUCUCUGCGGAUCUACAGCAUCAAAUAGUUAUUAUUUAUUAGAAGCCGCGACUCCAGAUGUGAAUAAAAUGUAUUAAUGAUCA